AUGGCGGACUCGAUCAACUUCCACCAUGCGAGUGUGCAAGAGAUCCUAUCGCUGGAUAAUAUCCGCGCGUCGCUGCAGCGUAUGGAGGAGUCGAUUGUGUUUCGGCUGAUUGAGCGCGCGCAGUUUGCGUACAAUGCGUGUGUGUACCAGGAUGGAGCGUUUCCCGAGCUGCGAGAGAAGGAGCACUGGACGGGCUCGUGGCUAGCGUGGUCGCUCAGGGCUACGGAGGCAUGGCAUGCGAAGCUUGGGCGGUGGCUUGCGCCUGAUGAGCAUCCGUUUACGCCGCUGGACCAGCUGCCUGAGCCGGUGCUCGCGCCGAAUGACUAUCCUGAGAUUUUGCAUCCCCACCGCGUCAAUGUGACGCACGAGAUUGUACAGUUUUACACGCAGGACAUUGUGCCGCAGAUCACGAUCCGCGAGGGCCGGCCGCUGAACGAUCGGCAGUAUGGCUCGUCGGUGGUGUGUGACAUUGAGGCGCUGAGUGCGAUAGCGCACCGCAUCUACUUCGGCAUGUUUGUGUCGGAGAGCAAAUUUCGGGCGGAUCCCGCGGCGUUUAUCCCGGCUAUCCAGACGCGCGACACGGACGCGCUGGCGUCUCUCAUUACCAAGCCGGCCGUGGAGCAAAAGCUGCUGGAGCGCGUCCACCAGAAAGCCGAGGUGUACGGCCAAAACCUGGACCACACGCACCAGGCGGCCGCGGAGCGCAAGAUCCAGUCGGACGACAUGGUCCGGCUGUACCAGCAAUACAUUAUCCCGCUGACGAAAAAGGUCGAGAUAGACUACCUGCUUCAGCGCCUCGAUGGCCUGUCGCCCGACGAGCUCGCGCGGCUACAGAAUCGAGCGGCAUAG